AUGCUCGCCCUCGAGCCCUCCCGACAACAGCACUUCCCCUACUUCUCCCACGACCAACUCCCCGUCGACUCCGCCAUCAUGGACCCGUUUGCCUACCAGACCAUGCAGUCGCACGACAUGCCACCGCACUCGUUCUACGACUCGUCGUCCAUGUACAUGGACCAGCACUCGACCGCCGACAUGCAGAGCGCCCUCGGCUUUCCGGGUUUGCCCAACUCUCCGCCCUCCAUGGCCCCGUCGCACCGCUCGGGCGCCUCCGGCCCUUCUAUCUCCAGCGCGCCCUCCUCUGUCAUCGGCUCGCCUUACUCGGGCAACUUUCAAGAAUCGUGGACCGACACCUCCCACGGCCUGGUUGGCCUGCCCGGCACCAUGGUGAACGACCUCGACUACACUUCCAUGGGCGGCGUCAUGGAUGCCGACUCGGGCUUUGCGCCCAAGUUUGGAAACAACAGCUUUGUCGACCCCUCGCUGCUCCUCUCAAACCAAACAUCGAUUCCGACCACACUCCCUUACUCCGAAGACCAAAUGCCUCUGGCGCAGUCCGGAUUCCUUUCUCACGUCGGCUCGCCUCUCCCCUCUCAAGCACCCAUGCCCCUACAUAUGAACCACGUCGGCAUGUCUUCCCCCCAACUGGGUCAUGUGGCUGCGGACCCGGUUGGCAGUGUCUACGAGAGCGUCUCGGCUGCCGCCUCGCUCUCACCACGCUCGCACCCUAGCCCCUCCGCAAGCAAUACUGACGGCGAGGACGAGGGUCGCGAGAAGAGCCGAUGCCCUUUCCCCGAUUGUGGCCGCUCGUUCAAGGACCUGAAAGCUCACAUGCUCACUCACCAGAGCGAGCGCCCGGAAAAGUGCCCCAUUGUCAACUGCGAUUACCACCUGAAAGGAUUCGCCCGCAAGUAUGACAAAAACCGACACACCCUCACUCACUACAAAGGAACCAUGGUCUGUGGAUUCUGUCCCGGAUCUGGCUCUGCCGCCGAGAAAAGCUUCAACAGAGCCGACGUCUUUAAGCGUCACUUGAUGUCAGUGCAUGGCGUCGAACAGACAGCACCCAACUGCCGCAAGAGAAGCCCGCCGGCCUCGGCCAAGACACUGGCCGCAUACAGCAACGAUGCUACCGGAAAAUGUUCAACCUGCUCAGCCACUUUCAACAAUGCUCAAGACUUUUACGAGCAUUUGGACGACUGUGUCCUGCGCGUUGUGCAACAAGAAGAGCCCAGCGAGGCAAUCAACCAAAAGAGAUUGGCCGAGGUCGCAGGCGACGAAGAUGUCAAGCAAACCAUGGAGAAGCACAAGCUGCUGGAUUCAGCUAGCCCCGUGGACAGCGCCGAGCCUAAUGAUGAUGACCACGACGAUGACGAUGACUUUGAAGACCGUAAUGGCCAGAGCUCGCGACCAACCAACUCGGGCUCGAACCGCAUCGGCCCCAGCGGCGCCAUCACAAAACCCAAGGCUCGCCCGGCCACGCGCCGGCGCGGCAACCGAAACAGCUACCCACAAGGAUGGGGCACGCCGGCGGCCAAGAUGAAGACCAAGAAGCGUGUUCUCUGCGUGUACGAUGGUCAGCGCCGCCUGUGGAAGGACGAGAUGAUGCUCGACAAUGAGUUUGAAGUGCGCAUCCGUCUUCCGGGUGGUGCCGGCGACGGCACCAACCGCGACGCCUACGUGACCGACCUGGACGUGGAGACCGUCAAGCGCGCCAAUGGCAUCUUCAGUGCCACUGAAGAAGAGCGAGGCCCGUGGAUGGAGAACCAAACAGACCGACUCAUGGGCCAGCCAUACAUGCUAUUUCCAGAAAUCAGCCAGGUCGAUGGCAUUGACAUUGACGAGCUGAUGGCCUACAAGGAACGAGAACGUUGA